AUGAAGCUCUUCCAAAGAGGCCUCCUGCCCCUUGUGUGCUGCUCCGCUUGUUUGUCCCUUCUCACCAGAACGUACGCAGUGGCAUAUGACUUGGCUAAUUUGGGAUCGGCGGAGAAAAGGGUGGCCUUGAAUCUGCUUCAGGUGUUCGAAGAGGCGCGGAGUGCGGAGAGGGGGUUCUACGAGCGGCUGGACAACUCGCAGAAGAUUUUCGACGAAGUGAAGUCCAAAGGGCCAGUCGAAGAGGAAACAAUUUGGAGAGCCCUUUACGAUACGCAGCUCAGGAGAUCCCCACCAAACGAACAGGUACAUGUUUAUUCCCUAGAGAAUGUAGAAAAAGAGUUUGAGAAAGCUCAGGAGGAAGCAUUUAUCUCUCAAGCACUUAUGUUGAAGAAUCAGUUUGAGUUUAAUUUAAAUCACAUGAGGGAGGAGGUGCCGAGGGGUAGAAAGCUACAGGACGUGUGUUUGAACGAGCCGCAGCGCGCGUAG